ACUUGGAGAUCUGUUUCAUAUAGCAGCAGUUUCACUAUUAUUAUUUCGAAUAUUAAAACGAUGUUCAUCUGCAGGUAUAUCAGGGAAAAGUAUUAUACUGUACGCAAUUGUAUUUACAUGUCGCUAUUUGGAUUUAUUUACACAUUAUGUAUCAUUAUACAAUACACUUCUAAAAUGGUUCUUUUUAAUAACAACGUAUUUCACGAUGUUUUUAAUUUAUUGUCAUGGCUAUAGUGAUUCCAAAACAAACAAUAAUGACACAUUUCGUAUUGUAUAUUUAAUUGUGCCAACGGCUAUUUUAGCAUUCGUAUGGAAUUCCGGACCUUUAAUAACAGAAGUACGAUUAUAG